AUGUUUGUUACUCCUACAGUUCCUGCUAGUGAGGCAUUAAGGGCAGAAGCAGCAGCACGUGUUGCUGCUGCAGCAAGAAGUCUAUCGGAUACAGAAGCAUCCCUAGAUACAGCAGCAGGAGGCCGCAUCCCUCGUAUACUAGAGGAAGCAACAGAGAGGCGUGUACGGUGGCAGCUGCUGCCUCCUAGCAGCAGCACGAAGGGGGGAGUUGCUGCUGCUGCUGCUGCUUCUGGUGGUGUCUCACGAGGUUAUAGAGCAGCAGCAACAAUAGCAGCAGCAGUAGCAGCAGGUGAUACAAUAACUCCUGGUACAACAGAUGCAGGUAGCAGCAGCGCAGGUGAGGAGACACACCGCAUGCGUGUGCGCUGCAGCAGGAGGCAGCAGCAAGAGAGCGAGGGCAGCGGCAGCAGGAAGCCAGGGAGACACAAGCAGCGACGGUGGCUGCAUCAGCAGCUGCUAGUUGCUGCACUACGUCGUCUUAUAUUUGCUGCAGGAGACGAUCCCGAUCCCUGCUGCUCUAAGGCAGAUCUAUGGGGAGCAGCAGCAGCAAGACAGCCUUCUUGCUGGCAGCUGCUGCAGGCAGAUCCUGCUGCUCGUGAAUUAUAUAUUAAAAGAAAAGAAGGUACUUUAGAGGGGCCCCUAGGGGGCCCCCUAUCUGAAUCGUCACCAGAGAGGGAGGGGACGCAGCAGCAGCAGCAGGUGGAUCCGCUGCUGCAGCGAAAGUUUCACUGUCUUAGGAUCCUGAAGCAUCAGCAGCAGAUGCAGCUGCAACGGCAGCAGCUGCAGCAGCAGCAACAGCUGCAGCAACAGCAGCAGCAGCAGCAGCAGCAGAGGAGAGGGAGACCGUUGCUGCGUGCUGCUUCUGUUGAUGGGCUUAGACACUCCGAGCUGCUGCGUCGUGUUGUCUCAUUCAGCGAGCAGAGCGAGACAGACACAGAUGCUGCUCCCCAAUCAGCAGCAGCAGCAGCUGCUGCUGCUGCAGCACAAGCAGCAGCAGCAGCAGCAGCAGCUAGAACAUUGCCAAGUACAGGUGCAGCAGCAACAUCUACUGCUGCAUCAGCUCUUAUUAGGGAAUUAGAGGUGCAGCAGCUGCUGCUGCAGCAGCUAGGAGGAGAGCAGCUGCUGCUGCUGCCAUCAGUGCAGCGGAUAAAAUCCUUACGUGCUGCAUUUAGGCCCAUGAAGCAAAUAAGAAGAGACGCAGCAACUUUCUUCUCCUUGUCUGCUGCUAUAGAGGGAGCUAUACGUAAUUCAUAUAAUUCUCUUGCUGCUGUUAAGGGAGGGCUCAGACCCCUGCUGCAGCAGCUGCAACAGCAGCAGCAACAGCAGCAGCAGCAGCAGCAGCAAGAUGGGAAAGAUAUACUUCUUAACCGCAGCAGCAGCAAUGGGGCGGCCCAAAGAGGCAGCAGUCCUAAUGGCAGCAGCAGCAGCAAAUGUUUCAAUAAUACCACAGGAAAAUGUGGCAGCAGCAGCAACAGCAGCAGCAGCAGCAGCAACAGCAGCAGCAGCAGCAGCAGCAAGUUGCGAUGUGUACGCUUAGAUAGGGAGUCUGAUUUAUUAAGGACAGAGAUGAUGACAAGAGAGUCAAUGUCUGCAGAGGAAUUGCAUCUCUUACAAUGUGUUGAGCAGCUGCAGCAGCAGCAAGCAGCAGCAGCAGGAACAGCAGCAGAAGGGCAGCAGCAGCAGGAGUGGCUGCUGCUGUGGCGUCUAUCUGGCUUUGAGCGUAAAGUAACGCAUGCAUUAGUUGCUCUUGCUGCUGAUUUAGAUUCUUUCUCUCUUUCUUCUAUUGACGUACCUCUAUUUAAUCAAGGAGGACCUCCCUAUACACCCCAACAGCAGCAGCAGCAACAGCAGCAGCAACAGCAGCAGCAACAGCAACAACAGCAGCAACAGCAGCAGCAGCAGAUGAGCCGACGAAAGAUGGGUGCUGCUGCUACACAGCAGCAAAAGGUCUUGAUUAUUUGUAGGAAACCACCACCAGCAGCAGCAGCAGCGGCAGCAGCAGCAGCAGACACAGCUGCUUCCUUACCUCCUGUGUCUCUUGCUGCUCUCUUAGUCUGCGCUGUUAACGCAACUAUCUGA